AUGACUGGGAAAACUUUACUGAUUGGGGUUGAUGUUGGUGGAACAAAUACUGACUCUGUAUUGAUUGACCCUCAACAAUUGGGGAAAACAACAGAAGGCAUUUUGUCCUGGAAUAAAGCAGUAACAACAGCCAAUGUCUCUGAAGGUAUUUACAAAGGGAUAUCCAAGCUAUUAUCUGAAACCAAUGUUAACAGAUCAAAUAUCGCUUCAGUUACUAUAGGUACAACUCAUUUCAUCAAUGCAAUUAUUGAAAAAGAUAGCUCUAGGUUAGCUAAAGUUGCAAUCUUGAGAUUAUGUGGGCCAUAUUCCAAAAAAAUUCCACCUUUUUCUGACUUCCCGUUGGGUUUAAGAAAUAUUUUAGAAGGAUACGUUGGAUUUCUUAAAGGAGGAUACCAUGUUGAUGGCAAUGAGAUACAACCUUUGGAUGAAGAUGAAAUUAUCAAGCAUGCUCACGAAAUAACUUCAAGAGGUAUUAAAGCUAUUGUUGUAACUGGUGUUUUCUCUCCCUUAAAAGAUACGCAAGAGCUUAAGGUUAAAGAAAUCUUGGAAAACUAUAUACCAGGGGCAAAAGUUGUGUUGUCACAUACAGUCUCUGGGAUUGGAUUUAUUGAAAGAGAAAAUGCAUCUAUUUUGAAUGCUUCAAUUAUUUCAUUUGCUGAAAAAAUCAUUCAUUCUUUCAUGACUGCUGUCUUUAAGCUAGGCUUAAAUUGCCCAAUACUUUUAACUCAAAAUGAUGGCACCGUUUUACCUGCUAAUGAAGCAUUGAAUUUACCCAUCAAAACUUUUUCCUCAGGUACUACAAAUUCCAUGCGUGGUGCUUCUUUUUUAAGUAAUGUUCAUGGUAAAUCUGCUAUAGUUAUUGAUGUUGGUGGGACUUCAGCUGAUGUUGGUCUGUUAUUGCCAAGUGGAUUCCCGAGACAGUCUUCUUCCUAUUGUGAUGUUGGAGGUGUCAAAAUGAAUUUUUCCAUGCCUCAUGUUGAAAGUAUUGGUCUAGGUGGUGGUUCUAUUGUUAGAUUGUUUGGUGAUAAAGUUACUAUCGGACCUGACUCUGUUGGGUCGGAUCUUUUAAAGAGAGCAAAAGUUUGUGGUGGUGACACUUUAACAGCUACAGACGUUGCAAUAUCACAAGAUGACCUGAAUGCCCCUAAAAUUGGUGAUCCAACAAAUUUGACCUCAGUUUAUUUAACUACAAAAAAUAUGUUCAAUUCUGAAGUUAAAUCAAUGCUCGAGAAGAUAGUUGACAAAAUAAAAACAAAUCCUGAAGAUAUUCCCGUUUUAGCUGUUGGUGGUGGAUCUUUUAUUGUUCCAGAAAAUUUGAAAGGUGCUUCUGCGGUUAUUAGACCAUCAUAUUACAAUGUUGCGAAUGCUAUUGGUGCUGCAAUGGGCAAAGUUUCAUCCGAAGUACAUAGCAUUAAGUACUUACCCCCAACCGAUGGCAUCUCAAAAGAGAACUAUUUGGAUCAAUUGAAAAUCCAAGCAAUUGAGAAAGCUAUCUCCAAAGGUGCUUUAAGGUCAAGUAUUAAAAUUGUGUUUGAAUCAUACGACCCCAUCCCUUAUGUUGAUAAUACUUUUGAGUUUUUCAUCAAAACUAUUGCUGAGGUUGAUUACUCAAAAUUGAAAACUUCAGAAGGUGCAUCUUACUCAUUACAUUAUGAUGAAAAAGAUCUAUCAACUAUGAAAAACAGUCAAGCUGAUUAUACGGAUGUUGAUAUUGAUUACAUGAAUUAUAUCCCUGAAAUUAAUUCCAAAAGAGAAUGGAUACUUUCUGAGACUGAUUUGGAGUUUUUAAGAAUUGGUACCUAUAUUUUGGGGUGUGGUGGUGGUGGUAAUCCAUAUUCUCGAUUUCUUGAAACUAGAAACUUAUUAAGAGAUGGUCAUGUUGUUAAAAUUAUUGAUAUUAACGAUAUAAGAAAAUAUACCAAAGGUGAAGGAGCAAUUGUUGCUGGUGGUUCAGCAGGCUCCCCUACUGUCUCUAAUGAGCAACUCUCGGGUGACGAAAUGGUUACAAGCUAUGAGUUUAUGACAAAGUUCAUAGGUAAGAAUCCUGAAUUGGUAUUUCCCUUUGAAAUAGGAGGUGGUAAUGGUCUUGCUGUUUUCCCAAUUUCAAGUUCAGCUAAACUUUCAAUUCCCGUUGUUGAUUGUGACUUGAUGGGCAGAGCAUAUCCAACACAUUGUCAAACUUUACAAACUGUUUAUUCUGAUGAUAACUCUGUUUUUGUUCCAACUGUGUUUAGUAAUGGUAAUGGUAACACAAUGAUUAUUGCUGAUUCGAAAAGUGACUUUUUAUUAGAAAAAGUCAUGAGAGCUUCACUUUCAGAAAUUGGUGCCACCGUUGAUGUUAUUAACCCACCAAUGACAGCAGAUGAGGUUGAUUUGAAGACUGUCCAUGGCUCGUUGUCUCUGGCUUGGAGAAUUGGGAGAGCUGUGAGGAUUGGGAGACAAAAAUCAGAAACUUCUAGAAUGCCUGAAAUUAUCUUAAAAUCUUUUGGUGAUACAGGAUCUCUGCUAUUUACAGGUAAGAUUGUUGGAGUUGAAAGAAAACUUUUCAAAGGUCAUGUAUGGGGUGAACUUAUUUUACAAGGAGAUGAGGACUUUGAAGGGGACAGGAUGAUUAUUCCAUUUAAAAAUGAAAAUAUUUAUGCAAAGGUGAUCAAAAAUAAUGAUGAAAAGAUUGUUUGCUCAGUUCCUGAUUUAAUCUCUGUUAUUGAUUCGAAUUCAGGGGAAGCUGUGGGUACACCAGAUUACAGAUAUGGGUUGUUUGUUUUUGUUUUGGGAAUUGCACCCAGUAAUAAAUGGACUGAUACGCCAAAAGGUUUGGACAUUGGUGGACCAAAAGCUUUUGGUUUAUCUGAAGUUGAAUACAAUCCAAUUGGAGUAUACUCGAAGCCUAUUUCGGUUGUUGAAGAGUUUUCAAGGGUUUAA